GUGAAGUCCGUGUCUGGUCUGUAGCGGACGUGACAGAAUCACUGGAGUCUGCGGCGUUGAAUGAGCGUUGAGAUCUUCGGAAGACCAGAACAACGCUUACGGAUUUCGACACCGCUGAUAUGCUCAUGGCACUGUGUUUUCAACGUAAAGCUGAGACACCAAUGGUCGAAGGCUUCCAGCUUCCGCUUAUCCUCGGAUCGCAGCGGCUGUUUCGCAAACAUAGCGUGAACUGGCGCGAAUCGUUGCUGAAGCUACUCUGAUAUUCUUUCGCAGACUAAGUUCCGUCCUUUGCCACAGUGUGUUUCACAGUUGCAAGAAGGCUGUUCUGGCGCUGUUAAUACGAUUCCGGAUUUCGGAUGUCGCCAAACCACGGGGGAGAACAUUAAGGCAAGCGUAUUUAUCCAAUCAAAGGUGCCGAACCGUCAAGCACACUCAAACCCAAUUCGUUGUCUCAAACAUUUGUGGAAUAAAAUCUGCAGUCUUGGUGAGUCCGCUCAACGCACAGAAGACGUAGACAAUUCGCUAUGGGCUUGUUUGGAAAGAUUUUGCUCAUCGCGGCCUGUGCAAUUGGAAUUGCUUGCACUUUAGGUGCAAUCAUUACUUAUCGAAAUGUGAUGCAAAAUCCUCGAACUGGUGCGCAGAAGGCAACAGUGGCUUGUUCGUUCAUAGCGCUGUUCAUCUUUGCGGGCCUUAUUUUGUUUGCGUUUAUCACCAUGUGCUGUCCCUGCAGUGACGCCAUACAGGGAAUCGUCGGUGCCGUGGCUGGUGCAGCUGCUCUAUUCUUCAGUAUAGCUGCCUAUUGUGCAUAUCACAAAUAUGAAAUAGACAUGGCAAUAACUUUGCCCAUGACUGCUGAAUGGUUAUUCGGAGCGCUAGUAUCCGGCUCGUCGCUCAUAAUGGUUGCCCUCACAUUGGCUAUUGGAUGAUUCCUGUCGGCGAAGAACGGUGACAUAUUUUGCCAGACUCCCUAGUGUAUGCCUCUGCUGUGUGGACUUGUGUAAGCAUUGAAGUGUGUUAACGUAUAACAUACAAUAUGCACAUGAAAUAUAAACCUAUACCAAAUAAUUGCA